AUGUACAAGUAGUAUAUGUUCAGUUUCUGUCUAAGAACUUGAUUCCUGAAUAAGUGUUUACAAAUUGGCGCAAAGGUACAUUCAAAUUUACAGGUUACAUAUCGAGACUACUCGAGGCGUAUAACCUCAAAUAUUUUUUCAAUGCAUAUCGUCAAGAUUUUCCAGUGAACAUACAUGAAAAUCAAGAAAUGGAAUGCAACGAGGAUACAGUUAGGGUGAAACUAGAGCCAAACAAUACCUGGCCAGAUGCAGGCGAAAAUUUCGAUUCGAUGGACUCUUCCGAAGUCAAAAACUUAGAAAACUACCCUAUUGACAAAUCAUCGGAGAAUAUGACGUUACAGAAAAAAUUAGAUGAAGAAAUAUUUUUAGAUUUUGAGUGCAAAUAUGUGAAACUUGAACGUAAGCCUCUAUCGAAAACAAUCUGCAAAACUGAGUAUCAGAGUUAUUCACCAAUUAUUUUGAUAAAAAAAGGUUUCGAUUAUCAUAAUAAUUGUCAAUUUAAAGUAAAUUCCCCAUUGAAAAUUGAUACAUUUAAGAAGGUUAAAAUAUUUGGAAAAAAUGCACUAAGCAAAUUAUCGUACGAGUGCAAAACGUGUCGAAAAACUUACGAAGAAAAAUCAAAAUUUAAGAGAAAUAUCAAUACGUCACAUGAGGACAUUAGAUCGUAUAAAUGUAAAAUUUGUCACAAGUCAUUGAGACAAAAAAGUAAUUUCGCAUCUCAAACGAAUUUAUUCCAUAAUCGAAGCAAACCCUUCGAGUGUGAGAUUUGUCACAAAUUAUUUGGACAAAAAAUUACGCUAAAAACUCACAUAACAACAGUACAUGAUCGUUGCAGACCCUUUAAAUGUGAUAUUUGUCAAAAAUCUUUUGGAUGUAAGCGUAGCCUCGAUAAACACAUAUAGAUGGAUUUCAUCAUCAGAUUAAACCCUUCGAAUGUGAGAUUUGUCAAAAAUCAUUUGUACAAAAACGCUAUCUCAAUGUUCAAAAGCAGUACAUAAUCUAAUCAAACCCUUUGAAUGUGAGAUUUGUCAGAAAUCAUAUGUAGAGCAGAGUAAACUCAAGCGGCACAUAAAUAUAGUGCAUAAUCGAAGUAACCUCUUUGAAUGUGAGAUUUGUCACAAAUCAUUUGCAUACAAGAGUAAACUCAAAUGUCACGUGAAUGAAGUACAUGAACGCAGCAAACCUUUCGAAUGUGAUAUUUGUCACAAAUCAUUUGCACAAAAAAGUGCGCUAAAAACUCACAUAACAA